AUGCUCGAGCUACUGAAGCAGAUCGGCCGUAUCACGCACGUCCUUUCCUGCUGCGUCGAAUUCUGUCUAGCUGCUUCUUCCAAGCCCAAGUUCCAAUGCUGGGUCGAGGGCCUCAUGAUGUCCGGGAUAGAAAUAGUAGGCGUGGUUGCAGCAGCCCUUCAAGUUGCUGAGCUUGGCUCUCGUGUGUCUGUGAAGCUUUGCACCCUCUGUCACAGGACGAGACAUGCGGAUACGGUCAUCAAUGGUCUCUCGAAAGAGGUUGCGCUGACCUGCAACGUCAUGCGUCAGCUGGGUGACAGCCUCAAGGAAGACAAAGAUGCGCAUUUGUACUCUGCAGAGGCGUGUAGCACCGCGGAGACGGUGCUGGACGAAUGCCAGAAGGUUUUCGACGAGAUAAACGAGAUAAUCGACGUUUCGACCAGGUCGAGCUUCCGCCGAAUUGCGUUCGUGCUUGCGGAAGCUCGGCGGGACUCUAACCUGACGGUGCUGAGAAGUAACCUGGAGAAGAUGAAGUCGACAAUGCUCCUGAUGCUCAAUGUCAUCAUAUAUGCCGGACAACUUCGCAGACGAGAAAAAGGUCGAGCGCUUCUUGCGCAGCGCAAACUAAUCACUACGCUUGUAGAAGAAGAUAACGCAAAUGAGGAGAGGUACGAUCGGCUUGGCAGAGCCGUACAGCAGUGCGACGAACUUCAAGGAUAUUAUCAUGUGGUAAAGGCCAUAUUGCAUGAUAUUGAUGCAGCGCAGGACUGCCUUCAAAAGUACCGCUAUCGCAGAAUCCGGAAUGGCAUAGUGAAUGUGCAUAUUGCUGAAAAGCUAGUUCUAAGUCGAAGGUACGGAGAUAAGGUCUCCCAGUACUUCCAAGACCCAUUCUUCGACUUGAUAUCAAAUGAUCCCCCCGGUAUCAGCACACCUUCUAGAGCUCCGUCUUAUCCAACUACCACAGACGGUAGGAGAAUGAAUGGUCAAGUGCGGCAGUAUACCCCCAAUAUACCCACAACUGCCCUACCUGCUCAAUCAUAUGUCCCGAUAGUGCCUCCCCCACCCCGAUUCCCACCAGGUACAGGAUAUGGGCCCUCCAAUGUGACGACCUCUGCACACCAGAGCAUUGGAUAUGAGGCAUGGCGGAAAGAAUCGCUCAAAUGGAUACCUCCACCUCCACCUCCACCUCCACCUCUACUUGCAGAGCGACUUCGACCUCCAGGGCCCCAGACGAGAAGCGCAACCUGGGUCCUCAAGGUGGUACUUUCGGUGGGAGCUAUGGAAUACCAGAGUUCAACUCGCAUACUGCCCUUACGAAUGAAAGCCGGGGGUGCGCACCAACGGGAGAGAGACAGCGACCACCAAACUAUCAACCACAAGGCUACUACCCUCCUCGUGUAG